AUGGGGGGGAUACGAGGGAAGAGCGCGAGAAAACGCGCGCGCAUGGCGAAGAAUUCAAAGACGUUUGAUAGGCAGUCGGGAACGUUUCACGAGGAAAGGGUGCCGAUGCCGACGAAGAAGGUGAGCGAAGAGGCGAUGCUGAGCGCGCCGAAGUCGUUUAAGAGAUUUCUCAUGGCGAAAGCGGCGGCGGAGAAGCGCAUGCGGCGACGAGAUCGACCGGAAAGCGAGGAGGAUGAGGACGAGCCGGCGGCGGCGCGCGCGAAAGGAGAGCACGACGACGAGCCCGGGACGACGUCGUCCGAAGAGAACGAGGAUGCGGAGAAAGAGAAGUCAACCGCCAUCGCCGUCAAACCGUUAGUUCGGGCGAAACCUGAUAAGGGGGACGACAGACUCAAGGCCAUGGAUGAGGCGGCUGCGGCGGCUGCCGCCGAAGCUGAGGCGUCGAGGAAAAAGAAGAAGAAGCACCUAUCGCUCAGAGAGCGUAAAAAGAGGGAGCGGGCGAUGUUAAGGGCACAAAAAGAGGAAGAGGAUGAGUUCCUCGGGAGGACCGGAACGUCCGUUCGAUUCGGUGACGUUGCGGAAGCGCCGCCCACCAUCACGCUCAAGCGCAAGAGUGGAGGCAAGGGCGAAAAGGCUGUUCCCAUCGAACAGAGCGGUCAUAAAAUAGUCGAGAUAGCGGAGAAUCAGAGCGGUGGAAAGUCUAAUAGACAAUCGAAAAUAUUCGCUGAUCUCAUGGCGUCGGCACAGGAAGCAACGGUGAAGAAUAAGAAACAAAACGACACCGGCGAAGUCGGCCUGAGAAGAAAGCACGAGCUUGCGCAACUUCGGGCUCAAGUUAUCGCGGAUUAUCGCUCGAUGAAGGGCCGGCCGAUGCACAACGGGCGCAGCGAGAAGCUUGCCAGUAACCCGGUCAAGCUCUUCGGGGGCAUGGGAACAGCCAUAGUGUCACCAGCGCAACUUAGGAGAGAUAGAAAGUGA